GCCAACGAUCAUCAUGCUUAAAACGUUUGCUUGUGGAACCGUGACAUUUGUUGGACUUUACUUCGGCUUCCGCAAAGUUCUCAGGUGGACUUUCACACGCUGGAGCGACGCGGACGUAUUGAUUGUCAGCGAAAGGCUCAUAGAUGUUAUCCACGCUUCCUUGGCUUCUGCGACCGGAGUCAUCACCGUGACAUCGUGCAAAAAUGUCAUGAAAGACAGUCACUGGAUGCUCAACGAGUUUCUGUUGUUUGGAUAUCCCUAUUCGGCCAUCGACCUCUAUGCCUCGUAUAUGAGCCACUUCCAUACUCACAGGCUCAGAGGGAACAGCAUGUACAACAAGCACUCUCUGAUGACACUGAAGGCUUUCCUCUCCAGAUACUGGUUGACAGUCCUCCAUCACCUGGCAGUGCUUGGUAUUCUCUUACCCAUUGGUGUGUUUUACAGGAGGGGAUUGGGUGAUUUCUUCAUCGGCUGCUUGUUCAUCACAGAGCUCAGUGUCGCUUUUGCCUCUAUUUCAAAGAUCAUUGUCCAGGUGGGCCUCGAGAACACCAGGCUGCACAGAAUCAACAGCAUCUUAGUUCUGGGGACAUUCGUCAUGUGUCGGAUCUUCAUUUUCCCAUACAUGUACUGGAAGUAUGGGCAUGACUUUGGCAUUCCGCUGCACAAAGUGCCCUCCCAUCUGCCUUGGCACUGUAACGUUGGCAACGUGGCUGUUUUUUUGCCUCAGCUCUACUGGUUUUACCUCCAGCUGAAGAAAGCCCAGCGAGUGUUCAGACAUAAGAAAGAAAUCUAACCCACAGUACGUGCAUACUUUGAAAACGUUAGGGAUAUUGGGUGUUUGGAGGAAAUUUCAGGAUGAAUCUGAAAUGCAUGUGCAUUCAAAAGUCAAAAUGAGUUAACUUGCAAGGAUUAUAGCGUGUUGUAGGUUCAACCUUAAAUUUCAACCAAAAGCGGAAUAGCUCGAACUUUUUGUGAGCAGCGUAGCUUAGCUGUAAACGCACACAGCAAUGCCAAUCCAAGUAAACUAAAAGGUGUACACGUAUGAAGGUAAUUUGAUAAUUUUUGAGUCCAAUUUCUCCCUUCUAAAGAAAAUCAGCAGCGGACUCGAUUAUCUGAUGGCUCUCGAUCACGGGUGUCAAACUUCAUCUUUGUGUGUAACGCACCUAGGACAUUUGAAUUAAACCAGUGUGAUAAUAAACUUUGAUGCAUAUUUCAUGAAACUUAACGCUAUUGUUUCACAAUAUAUACUAUAUUAGUGAUUACCAAACAGGGUGCCGUGGCACACUACUUUUCCGUGAGAGAUCAUCAGGGGUGCACUGGGAAAUGAUCCAAAAAUCAUUCAUUACAAAUAAAAAGGUUUAGAAGAUA